AUGAAAUUCGGCCAAGCUUUCAAGCAGAGCCUCAAGAAAGAGGGUUUCCCACCCGAAUGGGUAGACUCCGCCAUUUCUUAUUCGCAGCUCAAAAAGUGCAUCAACAGACUCACCGAUGAGCUGCGACAGGUGGGGCUCGAUCCGGAGACCCUGUCGAAGCUGCUGAAGCAUGUCGAAGACUUCAAUGCUGCAACUGGUCAAGAUGACGACCAAGAACGCCCCUUUGAAUACAUAUUGAAUUGGGACGAGUCUACAGAAGCAGCGAGCAAGUCCCGCAAGCCUUUUCAACCCAAACUCAUCUUCUACGUCAACGAAGCGACUGGCGACUUGCACAGUGCCAAGCUCGAUGAGGAGACCAAGCAAAAGCUGCAGAUGCUGGCUGUUGAAACUGGCAUGACGCAGCUACGCAUCUUUGAGGACGAUGGCUCGUCUAAGAACUCUCGCGACUCUUUCGAUCUCUCUAGCCCAACCAGCCCGACCAGUCCUACUCAUGCAAAUAGUGCCAAACAAAGGCCCGGCUACAGGACUGUUGAGGUACCACUGAACUCAGACACCGAGUUUCUCACACGCCUUAGCGCCGAGGUAUCUGGACUAGAGAAGCUGCAAAAACAGGAGGAGAAGAGGAUGCACGUCCAAAUAGAAGAGCUUGGCAAGGAAGUAGCCAGAAUGACAAACCCUGACAAGAAAUCGAAUCGCAAGACACUCGCAGCGUGGCGUCAAGUCUUCCAGAUGUAUGUCGAGGAGGGUAUAUUCUUUGGCAACACAGAAAGCGACCACAAGUCACAUGAUGCGGACAAGGCCAUGCAAAGACUCGCCGAGUUCUCGAACAAAGUCGCUCAGGCAGGCAUAGUAGAGACGAUGCAGAAGAAGGACAACAUGAAGGCGCUCAACAUGUUCAUGCACGUCAACCGCGAGAUCUUGCAAGGCCUUCGCUUCGGAGAGAUCAAUCACAGCGCCAUGGUGAAAAUUUUGAAGAAAUUCGACAAAAGGACGGCCCUUGGUGUGAAACAGACAUUCCCGCGACAGGUAGAGUAUCCCGAAUUCUCAGAACAUCUUGCCAAAGCCGUCUGCGCAGAGGUCAACACCCAGAUCCUAAGCAACAUCCCCCAAAUCGACGAUUACUCAUGCCCAAUGUGCAUGGAGAUCAAAUGGCGGCCGGUCAAGCUUCGGUGCGACCACGUCUUCUGUAUCCGUUGUUUAAUCGGAUCACUGACUAAUGCCAACCUAGACAACCUCGAUCACGAACUCGCCGCCUUCUUGAAGAAGUGGUUCCCGGACGAAGUCAAGACCAAGCAACGUUACAAUGAGCUCAUGGCGGGCGUUGAUCAGUACGGAGAGGUGUAUGCUACUCAAAAGUGCGUCGUCGUGUGA